AUGUUUUCCCCGUUCCUCCUCCUUAUCCCUUUCCUCACUGGCAUUAACGCUGCCAAUGACUGGAGCAAGCCGUGCAUUAGCGGCUCCUGCUCAUAUGAUUUAACGACGAACGGCACCGCCUCGGGAACCGUCACUAUCUGGGGUGCGGCAACAGCCAUCAGCGAUAUCACCACCGCCGCGGACUGGGAGAUCCUGGGGUGCGACCCCACUGCGCUUUCGCAGUCCAUCCGGCUGGUGUGCAAGUCUGCCGACUCGAAGAAAUGCGACCAUCUCUAUGACGCAAAUGGCGCAGUAGGAAAGAUAGUGCGCCUACCCGAGAAUUGCGGGAAGAAUGCGUUUGCGCGCGUGUCUAAAGCCUGGGUGCCCGCCGACCAGUCCAUUCCCGCGGGUGUUAAGCCGCGCAUCGUUCGCCGAGACGGGAAGGCUCCGCAGGUCAAGGCGCUUGCGUUGGAUACCAACUUCGCGAGUGUCGACCAGACCAAGACCGGCGUCGUCAACAUCAUGAUCCAAGGCGCGAAUGUCCCCGGCGCCAAGUCUGCCACCCCACUCAACGUCCCACCUUCGCGUCGACACACCCGGCUGUCCCAGCGUAGCCUGCUGGGGUCGGUCAAGGACGCACUCAAGUCGGUCGUGUCUAAUUCGAUCAGCGCGAAGAAGACGGUGAACCUCAAGCCGCUGGAUGUGAAGAAGACGAUUCCCUUGAUCAACAAGAGCGUUAGCUGCGGCGCGACGACGGCUAGGCUCUCUGCGACCUUGGAUGCGAGCGCGCAUGCGGUUGCGAGUAUCGGCGUCGCUGCUGCUGGCACCAUCAUCCCGCCCAAGCUCACCGACUUCGGACUUGUCACCGGCCUCACCGCCAGCGUUAAUGGUGUACUCGACAUCAACGCCGACGUUGCUGGUUCCAUCGAUUCGGGCAAGAUACAGCUCGUCAACGUCGGCGUGCCGGGGCUCGACUUCCCCGGUAUCCUCACGAUCGGGCCGUCUUUCCAAGUCAACGCACAGCUGACCGGCGCGUUCGACGUCAACCUCGAUAUGAAGGUCGGCAUCGUGUUCAAUGUGGAUAAUGCACAGAUCGCGUUCCCGCCCGGGAGCUCGGCCAACCCCGCGGGCAAGGCCUUUUCUGUCGGGAAUACCCCUUUGACGCUGUCCGCUUCCCCGAGCGUGAAGGCCACUGGCACGGUCGCGGCACACCUCAUUCCCUCGCUCAAUCUCGGCAUUUCCGCGCUGGGCGGCAAGGCGGAGGCGACCGUGCACAUGGACCUCGAUACCAGCGCCUCCCUCAAGCUGUCACUGGAGGCAUCCGCUAACGCUGCGACGACUCUGCUCACCAAGACGCCUGCUCCGGCAGCCACGGGUGCGAGUGCUGGAGCAGCUGUGGCCAACGCAGCCGCGGCUGCGGGCCAAGGCGGCAGCGGCGCAGGUGAACGCGGCGCUGGCGGCAGCUGUCGCGCACAAGAGUCGGAACGAGAGCGACAAGCGGGCGGUGACGGGCAGCUUCGGCGGGUGCGUCGCGGUGGACGCGGGGGUCGAUGUGAGCGUCGGCGCGGACGGGAGCUUCUUCGGCCUGUUCAGCAAGAGCGUGAACAAGUCGCUGUUCAGCAAGGAGUUCGAGAUAUUCAAGAAAUGUUUCGGCUCUGCGAAGCGCUCGGUCCUCGAACGCGAUUCCGCCCGCGCUAUCGAGCGUCGCGCGCUGUCCUGCCCUGCGGCGAAGGUCGGCGCGCCUGCUGCUGUGGUGGAUGGCACUGUUAG